CAGAACUGUUUCUUUUGAGGCAGAAAAAAGAAUAAAGGUCAUUUUUGAAGCUGUUCGAGGACUGACAGAAUAUGGUGACACAGCGGUGGACAAUGUAGGUGUCCGAAGGGGACCCUGUGAGCCUGCGCCAACCACCACCCUCUCCACCAGCACGCCCACGGCCAUCUCUACCACCAUACCGACUGACACGACUUCAACUCCAGAGACGACCACACCACCCCCGGGGCCCAGUUCAGAGUCCUGCGUGGCGGAGGGAGACCCUCACUACCUCACCUUUGACAAGCAAAUGCACCACUUCAUGGGGAACUGCACCUACACCCUGUCCAAGCUGUGCGCGCCCAACAGCACGCUGCCCAACUUCAACGUGGAGGCCACCAAUGAGUACCGCGGAGGCUACACGCACGUGUCCUACGUCCGCGACGUGGCGGUGGAUGUGUACAGGCACAGGAUCACUUUAGAGCAGGGCAGAGUGGUGACGGUGGACGGGAAGCGGGAGAUUCUGCCCUUGGAGCCAUCCACAGGUCUUACAGUCUCCUCCAGCGGCAUGUACGUGGUGGUGACCACAGAUUUCGGUCUGAGAGUGAGAUUUGAUGGGAACCAUCGCGUGGAAGUGACACUGCCAAGCUCCUUUAAAGCACAAGUGUGCGGGAUGUGUGGGAACUACAACGGGAAACCAGGGGAUGACUUCCUGAAUCCCCAGGGCGGGAUGGAGCCGGACUCGACCAGCCUGGGCAACAGCUGGCAGGUCUCCAACCACAGCAGUUGCCCUCCAGCAGUAGAUAAGCCCCCUAUAUGCAACCAGACCACCCAGCAGCUGAUUGGGAGCACCAACCUGAGCCGCCUCUCUCUUUGGUUUUUUCUCAGCUGCCCUCCAGCUGUAGAUAAGCCCCCUAUAUGCAACCAGACCACCCAGCAGCUGAUUGGGAGCAGUCAAUUCUGCGGGCUCCUCAAGGAGGGGACCGGCCCGUUCAAGCAGUGCCACGGUGUGCUCCGCCCUGACGCAUACUUCAACAACUGUGCCUACGACCUGUGUGCGCUGCAACUGGAGCCCGGGGCCCUGUGCCGGAGCCUGCAGUCGUACGCGGACGCCUGCCAGUCCCUGGGAGUCACCGUCACUGCCUGGAGGAACGCCACCUUCUGCCCAAUCCAGUGUCCUGCCAAUAGUCACUACGAGCCUUGUACGACCGCCUGCCCGCAAACCUGUGCCCGCCCCACGGCUCCAUCCACGUGCAGCCUGCCGUGUGUGGAAGGGUGUGUGUGCGACAGCGGUUACCUGCUCUACAAUGACCGGUGUGUCCCCAGCGGGCAGUGCGGGUGCUGGCAUGAAGACCGUCACUACCCAAUUGGCUCUGAGUUCUGGACCGACGAUACCUGCUCCAAGAAAUGCAGGUGCCCCGCUGCAGGCAGCAAGCUGACCUGUGCUGUGGCCUCCUGCCCUCCAGCCCAUUACUGUGGGUUGCAGAAUGGCGUGCCUGGCUGUUACCGCUACACCUACGGAGUCUGCCGAGUGCACAACGACCCGCACUACAACACAUUCGACAAGGUGACUCACCACUUCAUGGGCACCUGCACCUACACGCUGGCCAAGGUGUGUGGCAAUGACAGCGCCCUGCCCGUCUUCAACGUGGAGGCCAAGAAUGAGCAUCGCGGGAACCCCUGGGUGUCCUACGUGCAGAGGGUGCGAGUCGAAGUCUACGGGCUGCGCAUAGACAUCGUGAGGAACCAUCGCAACAGAGUCCUGCACACUGCAGACUCAGGCUUCCCGAAGGUCUCUUUCUUCUGGCUUCCCUUAUGGCUUUCUUCAAGCAACUUCUUCAAGCUCCGCAUAGAUCAGAUCCUCUUACCGGUAGUUCUCCAGUAUAUGCCCUUCUAA